AUGGUCGGCGUCUCCUCCACUACAGCGACCCAACGACUCCUCGUGCGUUCGUUGGCGACCUCGACGAGGAUACUCAACCAAGUCGCUGGUGCUUCACCUUCGUCUGCGUCGUCGCCGUCCUCUUCCUCUUCGACGACCCCGUCGAUCCACGAACGACAAUCGCGCCAACGACAGCCGCAAUCGAUCCUCCACGUCGCCGAUGCAGGAGGUGCCACCAUGGCAGCGACGUUGCGAGCGAUCGAGUUGACCAAAGCGAGGAAGGAGAGUGCGACCCCUUCCUCUACGACUACUCAACCCGCGCGAGGAGCUCGUCAACCCCCCGCCUUCAUUGGUGAAGGUGGUCUAGGCAGUCUCUUGAGCCGUCGGCGAAGAGCCCAAGGUGUUGUAUACGAUCAAGAUGCCCAAGAAAUCGGAGCGCUCGCUUCUUCAGCGCCUAGCCCUACAGCACGGCAAUCGAACACGGGAGCCUCGGCUCGUUCCCCCCGCGCGACUCUGCCUUCGCCAAGCUCGAGUGAACGUCGUCCUGAACGUCUACAAUCGUCCUCGGGCGAUCCGUCCUUCGCUGCCGCUUUCACCCCGCGCGAACGAAGAGAAUCUCGAACUCCUUCCUCCUCAUCCUCUUCCGGACCGCGCCCACCGCGAUCCGGCCCUCCUUCCCAAGCCCGAGGAGGACCUCAGCGCCCGCCCACAGCUAGACGACCGCACGCCUCCCCUCGUUCCUCUCCCCCACGCGGAAGGAAACCUUUCAACAAACAAGAAGAAUCCCGUCCUUUACCUCCGUUGGUCGUUCCCAAAUACGUCCAAGUUCCAGCUCUGGAUCUCUCCGCCUUACCUUCCUCCACUCCCGCUCCAACGAAGACGACCAAACCUUCGGCGGCUAAGAAAGCUUAUGAUGCCUAUUUGGGCGUCAAGACGCCGGAUGGGGCUACGACGUUGGGGGAACGACAACGGGGCGUUCUGUUGCAUGCCAACAGGUUAUUGAGUAGGAACCCUAGUGUAGGGUUGAAGGGGAGGCAAGUGGUGUUGAAGAAGGUGGAGGAGGCGCUGAUGAGGUAG